GUGUGAGUGAAGUUCAGUUUUGCGCCACGAAAAUGUUGUAUGUAAUGAAUGCAGUGGGUGAGGCUCUUUUGUUUACCUGUUUGUUUUCUCAAGCGUAACUAUUUUUUUCCGUGUAGAGGUGCGGUAGGGUUUCUUUGUGUGGUGUUUAGGUGUGUUCUUAUCGAUGUUAACAAAUAUAUUAUUGUCUGCUGAUGUCUCCCUUAACAAAUCGUUUUCUGUGGUGGACAAGAGAGGCUCGGCGGUGUUCACGGGGGACUGCAGCCACUUUCCUUUGUUGUGGGGUCAAUUUGCCUUAAAUAAUUUUCGGCCCUGAAGCUUUAUGUUCUCCCACACACAGAGGGUCAAAUACGCCUUCGUGUUGUAAUUUCUGUUGAAGUUAGGUAUUGGAUGCCUUGUAGGGGUUAGGCGCCCGUGGAGACAAAAGAUGUAAAAGAUGGCGUCAUGGAGAGAAUAUUAAUCAGUGUCGCGACUUUGGCUGUACUGACGUAGGGAUGGAAGGAAGUAUUUCCUCCCCCGGGAAACGGUGCUGCCCUCUGUGCGGGGGGCAGCGUUUACACACGCAGGAAAUACCGCAGAUUGAUGGGCGCGAUAGCUUGCCCUAGCUCAUUGUUGUGGCCUGAGCCCCCGCCGCCAGGAGGCUGGCGGGUGUCAGCAGGGGCCGGCGGGGGGCUCUGAGGACUGAUGUCCCUCAAGACCUCCCGGGCUGUGUUUGCCUGGGUAUGGUUUCUUGACGACGUUACUGUCACCAGGGUCACGAGCAGAAUCGGGAGGGUUUUAAGAUACACGAGUAACCACUAUCUUGACAAGUUAUCUACAUAAGCUAAAUCACCUUUCUGCUCGUGUCAUUGAGUCAGGAAAUUAUCUCCGUGAGAGGUUUAAGGGUGCAGGAGGUAAAUGUGGCUGUGGCUGCAGCGAAUGCGCCCUGCCGGGGCCUCCGCGCCCCCUGCUGCAGGAGAGGAGGUCCACAAGCCGCGGGUUCGAGCGUGGCGCCUGGCCGGCGUGACCGCGCGGCGCUAUUGGCCGCCGUCGCCGCCAAUGGAGCGGCCCCGCGCAGUGUGAGGUGCCGCAGCGGCGAGACGAACCAACAGCCUCUGAAGGGUUAUUGUUGAGGCCCACGAGCACGCUGGGCCGUCCCUGGAGCACCACGGGGCUCGGCGGCGUCGCGGCCGUGCACCCCUGGGCUGGCGCCACCUGGGUGCGUGCGACGGGCGGCGGCAGGUGGCGAGCGGCGGCGCCCCUGCUCCUUGGCAUUCGCCGAGAGCUGGCAACUGUCGUGCCUGGCGGGGGGGAAGAAGGCAACACAACGGGAAUAACUUCAGUUAGCCUGAGUACUGCGUGGAGGUUGGGACCUGUGUGCCACACGAGAGCGAGUGAGUGUCCGCGUCCCGCACGAUGAGGGCCCUGCCCGCCCUGUGUCUGUGAUUUGGAGGCGGAGGAUCAGGUGGCCUGCGUGGCACUGCUCAAGGCGGAGUGUCGGCCAAGCGAGCGGCCCGAGACAGCACAGCAUGGCGGUGCGGGCCGCUGCAGCCCCGCGGCGCUCAGCGGCACCUUGCUGCCGCCCGCUGCUGCUGGCGGCGCUGCUGCUGUUGGUGGCGGGGCCGAAGCCGUGCGAGGCCCAGAUGGGCGGUGGGGCUGGCGUCAGCGGUGGCGUGAGGGGCGCGGGGGGCGGGGGCAGGCUAGGGCAGGGGCGGGUGGAGCACGUCUCUGACCAGGACAUGUUGCCCCGCCACGACCGCUGUGAACCCAUCUCCAUCACGCUGUGCAAGGACAUCCAAUACAACACCACCAUCAUGCCCAACCUGCUCAACCACCACACGCAGGAGGAGGCGGGCAUGGAGGUGCACCAGUUCUUCCCGCUGGUCAAGGUGCAGUGCUCCCCGGACCUUCAUUUCUUCCUGUGCAGUGUGUACGUCCCCGUGUGCACCAUUCUGGACCGCCCGCUGCCGCCCUGCCGCCACCUCUGCCUCUCCGCCAAGGACGGGUGUGAGGACCUCAUGAACAAGUUCGGCUUCCAGUGGCCCGAGUCCCUGGACUGCAACAAGUUCCCGACGGGCCCCAAUGAGCUGUGCGUCGGCGAGAACAGCACGUCGCCGCAGCCCCCGUCGCCGCCCUUCCCCGUGUCGGACCCGCCGCCGCCCAUCGACUACGCCGGGAAGGACUUCCAGUGCCCGCUGCACUUCAGGGUGCCCAAGGACGCCAAGUACAAGCUGCGGGUGGGCGGCGUGGAGGCCCCGGACUGCGGCGCGCCCUGCGACGGCAUGUUCUUCGACGAGGAGCAGCUCACGUUCUCACGGCGCUGGGUAGGAGGCUGGGCCGCCGUCUGCCUCGCCUCCACCACCUUCACCGUCGCCUCCUUCCUGGCGGACGUCCGUCGCUUCCGCUACCCCGAGCGGCCCAUCAUCUUCAUCAGCAUGUGCUACUGGUUCAUGGCCGCCACCUACGUGGUGGGGCUGUGGCAGGGGGACCGCAUCGCCUGCGACGACCGCUGGGACCCCCCGAACUACCUGCCGGAGCUGCGGGAGCACAUGAUCCGCACCAUCACCCAGGGCGUGGAGCGGCAGUGGUGCACCAUCGUCUUCAUGACGCUCUACUUCUUCACCAUGGCGGCGUCCAUCUGGUGGGUGGUGCUCACCCUCACCUGGUUCCUGGCGGCGGGCCUCAAGUGGAGCCACGAGGCCGUCGAGAACAACUCCGCCUGGUUCCACCUCGCCGCCUGGGCCAUCCCCGCCGUCAAGACCAUCAUCAUCCUGGCCACGGAGAACGUUGAAGGUG